AAUCAGAGACGGGUUAUCAAGUGAUACAGGGUGUCACUUAUUUAGAUGGAACUCUCUUGCUGCAAGUAGCUAAAUGGGUUAACGAAAGUGCACUAAUUAUCGAACAAGGAUUGCAUUUACGGCUUAUUUAUACGAAUGGAACAGUCAAUAAUAUUGAAGUCAACUACACUUUCUCGUUAUUUAAUUAUGAAUAUCUGAAUCUUGGAAUAGAGUUUUAUGCACUAUGUCAAAAUUAUUUCUUAGUAAUAUAUUAUAAUAAGGUCAAUAAUACAUCUUUAUACCAACCUUUGGGAUUACUUAUAACAUGGAAUGGGGAAAUUAAACAAAGUUUCGAUACUUUGGUUUUAACCAUUGAUCCUAAGGAUUGCAAAAACAAAUGGACUAUUGAACCAUUUGUUGUGAAAAAUUGGUUGAAUGAGUUAGGUCGAACG